CUUGCCCCCACGGCGAGCCGUCAUAUGACCGCGGCACCGGGAGCGAAAGGUAGCAGCUGCAGCCGGAGUCGGCCCGAGGCGCGGUCGGGAGAAGUGGAGCGAAAGCGGGCGAAGGACUGAAACUGUCGCCGGGUUGCUGCCUCCGCCGCCGCCAUGCUGGCGUUGUUGUCCCGGUUGCUGGACUGGUUCCGGUCGCUGUUCUGGAAGGAGGAGAUGGAGCUGACGCUGGUGGGGCUGCAGUACUCGGGCAAGACCACCUUCGUCAACGUCAUCGCGUCAGGUCAGUUCAGUGAAGAUAUGAUUCCUACAGUGGGCUUCAACAUGCGGAAAGUUACGAAGGGUAACGUCACAAUAAAGAUCUGGGAUAUAGGAGGACAGCCACGUUUCCGAAGCAUGUGGGAGCGCUACUGCAGAGGAGUUAAUGCUAUUGUGUAUAUGGUCGAUGCUGCAGAUCGUGAGAAAAUAGAAGCCUCUAGAAAUGAGCUGCACAAUUUACUAGACAAACCACAGCUACAAGGAAUUCCUGUUCUAGUGCUUGGAAACAAGAGAGACCUUCCUAGUGCUUUGGAUGAGAAGCAACUUAUUGAAAAAAUGAACCUGGCUGCUAUUCAAGACAGAGAAAUUUGCUGCUACUCCAUUUCUUGCAAAGAAAAGGACAAUAUAGAUAUCACACUUCAGUGGCUUAUUCAGCACUCAAAGUCUAGAAGAAGCUGAAAUCUUGCUGAUAACUCCCCAGUUGGCCAUAAUCUCAAUUGUCUACUCCCUCCAUGAUGAAACGUUACCCAGGAUAGCCCUCCUGUAUCGAAGGAAUUGCCUUUUUUCACAGUUCAUGCCUCAUGUGCACUGCUGAAGACUUAUAUUCCUACUUCUGUCAUAAAGAAUUGCCUAGAGUUGUCAUGAGUUGUGCAGACGUUUUUAAGUUCAUCUAAACAGUGGCAGUGGGCGCUUUUUUUAAAAAACAAAAAGGAGAGAAAAAAAGCUACCAUUGAAAGUGUAUUUCUGCUCUGGUUGUCCUGAGCUAGGGUUUUUUUAUAUUUGAUUUUCAGCAAACUUAUUUAAUUCUUGUAUUUAGUGGCUCAUUGAAGAUGCUGACCAAGGGCAGCAUGAGGGUUCUAGCACCACUUCCUGUGCUUAAAGCUUUUCAAACACCGUUUAAAUGGGGUAUUAACUUGUCUCUCAGAUGCAUGUGAAAUGUAUUGUAAAAUGGUUUGCAAUGGAGAGUGCCAGGCACUAGAUAUUAAAUCACUUAAUAACUUAUGCUCUUUCAAAUUGUAUAGUAGUCUCAUCCCAAUGAAUUAGCAAAGUCACACUCGUGUUUUGUAUCUGCUGUUCGUUGCUAAUAAAAUUUCUUAGCCCAUAUAUAAUGAAGGGGAAAUAUGGAACAGAGUACUUAAUAUGAAAGCUUUCAAAAGUUGGACAUCAAAGUAGGUAAAACAAAUUUAAAGAACCUAUGGCUAGAUUAACAAUCCCACUUUGUUCUCAGAAUGUUUUGCAAAGACUCUACAGCUGCAUGACACUAACUGGUGGUGGUUGGUGUCGCACUGAUUCCCAGCACAAGAAAUUCUGUAUCACUGUCUGGCUUGUCCUUUCCUCCGUUCAUGGAAUAGCUGUGCACAGUUGCACUUGGUGCUAGGAAACACCUAGGCUGUUUGUGACAACUCUAGAUCUGCCUUCUCUUUUGAUGUGUAAUCAUGUGUAAAGUCCACAGGCUGUGAAAUGCUAAAUGGCAUCUUGGAGCUCAAGAGAAUCAAUGAACUGAUCUGUUUCUUGGUUAGCUUCAACCGUAUAGAGAUGUACGAACUGAAAACUGUAACAGUUCUCUUGUAGCUUUACCUUCUUGGCCGUGUCAAUAUUUAAAGGGACGGUUCUUAAGGCUGGUUUUGUUCAUACAGUAAUGUUAAUGUACCCCACUGUGUGCAUAUAAAUAUAUGGGAUACCUGCUUGUGUUGCCUUUCACUGUGUGGUGUUUGGUUUUUUUCAAACAGCACUUGCAUGUACUUGACUCGAAUGCUACACUUUCACAAUCAUUGUUUAAUACAUCUUCGAUAUACCUGGGGGUAUGUUCAUACUGUAUGCUGUGUUCAGAGGGUGAGUUUGAAGGAGAAGGCCUUUCAUAUUGGCCCAGGCAGUACAUCUGUACCAAGUGCAAUGUGAUUCCCCUGUGCCACCCUUCAUUUGUUGUGAAACAUCUCUAACCUUGUACAAGUAUCCCUGUGUUACCGCUAAGGGCUUUUUGCUGGAAGUCAACGGAUCCCACAUUAGAAUACUAUGUGGGAUGUCUGUACAAAGCUGUCACGGUCUUGUCAGAUGCUGAGAGGUAUGCAAGCUGGGAUAAUGAAGCAACUGCCAUUCUAUCCUAGACUGUGUGGCAGCAAACAUCACAAGUGCUGUGUGUGAGUUCUACCAAGUCACAGCAGCUUUGUCACUGGUAUUGGACCAAGCUAACACCACACACUUUGGGAUUUAUAUUGCCAUGGCCUUACUGUCCCGUACCAAUUACUGCAGUGUUGCAUAAACACUGUGCUGCCUCCACUUGCAAACCAAGCUUGCAUUUUUAAUUGCAGUGUGCUUUGAUAAAUCCUGUAAUCUUGUUGGUGCUGUAGAGAAGGGUUAAUAACUUGCUACUGUAUUAGUUCAGUGUGGACUUCUGUACUUGCUAGAGCAUCUGCUUGUGCCUAAGAUAAGAAAAUUGAACUAGAAUGUGUCAACCUUUCCUGUGGGAAUCAAAUUACUGUCUAGGUAAUUGGCCUAUUGCUGAACUUAAAUGUGUGUUUGGGGGGAAAAGGGUAUUCAGUGUAUACGUCACUGCUUUCAGCAUUUGACAUUCAGAAACCACUACCAAGUUUUUAACCUGUGCAUUAAUCUCUGCAUGUUAACAACUUAUACAUUUACCAAACUUUGUAAAUAUGUGAAUUUUUUUAUUUGGGUGGAUUGCAUUUUGUUGGUUUACUGCUCUCCAGCUUUAUCCAAUAAACUUACAUUU